AUGGAAAGUAUUAAUUAACAUAAGACUUAGAUGGAACAGUAAACAAAUGAAUGUAAAACUACCAAUUUAACUUUAAGGCAUAUAUUAAAAUGAAAAAAAAUCUCAUUCAAGACAAGAAUCAUAAACCAUUUAAAAUAAAGAUUUCCUCACAGUCACAAUAAUUGAAAAUAAAGAACCUAUAAAAGAAAUUCCAAUUGGUAAACCAACUUAUUUAGAGACCUAAAGCUAGAAAGAACUUAAAAGGUUUUUUUAUGUAAUAAAUUCUAGUUUAAAGUUUUGUUAUGGAAUUUUUAGUUUAUUUAUUGUAGGUUUUAUUCUAGCAAGAAUCCUACCAUAAUUUAUAUAUGAUGGUUGUAGAGUUUCUGCUGGUGUCUGGAUAAUUAGGUAUUUAAUUAAUUAUAUGUAUAGUAUUAUCUUAUAUGUCUCGAAUAUCAUUUAUUUCAAUUUAUUAAUCAGUAAAAAAUUGUUAUGUACUUUAAUGGUUUGGAUGAUUGUUAAUUGCUUAACAUUCUUAGCAGAUCUAAUAGCAACUUUAAUUGCUUUUUAAGCUCCUUUAUAUUAUAAUGAAUGUAUGACUUAGGAUUAAAUCAGUACUUCAAAUGACUGUUAAUAAAAAAGAGAUUUAAAGAAUGCAUUGUAAAUAUAUUUAUUAAGAUAUAGUUCUAUAAUGAAUGUAUUAUUUUUAUUAAUAAUUGGUGUAACUCAUGGAUGUUAUUGUUAUAAAGGUUAUUAGAUUCGAAAAUUAAUAAUCUCUCAGUAAAAACUAGCAAAUAACGUUCCAAAUUCUGUGUAAAUGGAAUAUUGA